CACCUCGGCGCUAGGCACAGGCCGCGCCACGUGGCCUUGACUCCCGUGGCUCCCCUGCAGCUCCCACAGACGCAUUGACAAGUCGGCUCGCAGGCUAGAAACGAAUGAGCUGCCGCGGUGCCCAGCAAUCCCCGCCGGACUGGCCCCCGGCGCCCGGCGCUCUGCGGCCCUCACCCUUCCCGCACCCGGUGCUGCACGCCCUCCAUGGCCUGGCCCGCGCGCUGCUCUUCCCAGCCUACUGGGCCCUGGACCAGCUGCUGGGCUACUGGGCCCCAGCGACGCGCGCGGGCAGCCUGGAGCGGCUGAGCGCAGCAGCGCGCGCCGGGGCAGCGCUACUGCUGCUGCUUAUCAGCCUGCCCCUGGCGCUGCCAGGUCUGCUGCUCUGGCUGCCACUGCAGGCCUGGCGCCGGCCCUUCUGUUACCAGCCUCCUCCGCAGUCCUGGGCGCCACCCCCGCCCUGGCGCCCGCGCGCUGAGCCCGCGCGCUGCUUUGGCUUCCUUAGCGCCAACCUGUGCCUGCUGCCCGACGGGCUGGCGCGUUUCAGCAACCUGCCGCACAGCCAGCGGCGGGCCCAGGCUGUGGGUGCCGCGCUGCUUGCCGGUCUGCGGUCCUCGCGCUACGGAACCACGGACUGCAGCCCGCCGCAAGCCGGGACGCCGCGCGGGGUGCUGGCGGCCGCGGUGCCCGCGGGCCUGGACUUCGUGUGCCUGCAGGAGGUGUUCGACCUGCGAGCCGCGCGCCACCUCGUACGCCGCCUGGCGCCCAACCUGGGCCCGGUGUUGUACGAUGUGGGCGCGUUCGGCCUGCGGGCCGGGCCGCAUCUCAAGCUGCUGGGCAGUGGGCUGCUGCUGGCCUCGCGCUUCCCGCUGCUGCGCGCCGCCUUCCGCUCCUUCCCCAAUGGGCGCCGCGAGGACGCGCUGGCCUCCAAAGGGCUCCUAUCCGCACAGGCGCAGCUAGGCAUCCUGGAUGGCCUCCGCAUCGUAGGCUUCCUGCACUGCACGCACUUGCACGCACCCAGAGAGGACGGGCCGGUGCGCUGCAAGCAGCUGGCGCUGCUGCUGGACUGGGCCGAGCAGUUUGAGGCCGAGAGCCGCCAGGAUGGCGAGGCUGUGGCCUUCAGCGUGCUUCUGGGAGACCUGAACUUCGACAACUGCUCACGAGGCGACGCCCGUGAGCAGAAGCACCAGCUCUUCAGCCGCUUCCAGGACCCCUGCCGGCUGGGCUUGCGCCGGGAGCAGCCCUGGGCCCUGGGGACACUGCUGAGCACCCGCGUGCUCCACCACUCCGAGGCCAGCUCCCCGGAGAUGCUGCGCAGGGCCCUGGAGCAGGAGGAGGGGCGCCGCCUGUACCUGGCUGGCGGUCCCGCCAGAAGCCGCCCCGCUGAGCCCUGGCGGGGCCGGCGCCUGGACUAUAUCCUGUACCGUGGAGUGCCCGGGGCCCCGCUGAGCCCGGAGGUGGAACAGGUGAUCUUCAGCACCGCCCUGGCAGGGCUAACUGACCACCUGGCCGUGGGCCUGCGACUCCGAGUGUCAGCGCCCUCGUGACCCAGGGACGCACAGACUGACAGUCGCGCGGGGAUGCAAAGAUUGACACGCAUGCCUGUCAGGGGCCUCCGCGCCCCAGAAUGGGCGAUGUCAGGGAUCUUUAUUAGGGGCCUCAAACGGCCUCCUGGG